AUCGCACUAAUUUUUUCACAAACCGACUAUACCAGCAUGAGAAUCAAGAAGAGAGGAACGUCCGGGAACGCCAAAAACUUCAUCACCAGAACCCAGGCGGUCAAGAGAUUGCAGAUAUCAUUAGCCGACUUCCGUCGGUUGUGUAUUUUCAAAGGAAUCUAUCCCAGGGAGCCUCGUAACAAGAAGAAGGCCAACAAAGGUUCUACUGCUCCUGUCACCUUCUAUUAUGCCAAAGAUAUUCUGUACUUGAUGCACGAACCGGUGUUACACAAGUUCAGAGAACACAAGACUUUUGCUAAGAAAUUGCAGAAAGCUUUGGGAAGAGGUGAAAUUAGAGACGCCGAAAAAUUGGAACAGAACAGACCCAGAUACACCUUGGACCAUGUUAUCAAAGAAAGAUACCCUACAUUUUUGGAUGCUUUGAGGGACUUGGAUGAUCCUUUGAACAUGUUGUUCUUGUUUGCCAACAUGCCUUCUACCGACAAGGUGAGUGCCAGAAUCACCAAACAAGCAGAGACCUUGACCAACCAGUGGUUGGCCUAUGUUACCAAGCAAAGAUUGCUCAAAAAAGUAUUUGUGUCGAUCAAGGGGAUUUACUAUGAAGCCAAUGUCAAAGGUCAGGAAGUUAGAUGGCUUGUUCCGUUCAAGUUCCCAACUAUGAUUCCUUCCGAUGUGGAUUUCAGAAUUAUGUUGACGUUCUUAGAGUUCUACUCCACCUUGUUGCACUUUGUGUUGUACAGAUUAUAUAAAGAAUCUGACUUGGUUUACCCCCCUGCCAUCGAUACCACCAAGUUGAAGUCGGUGGGAGGUUUGUCUGCAUACAUUUUGAAGUCAACUGAUGAUAGAAGUGCAUUAUUACCUGACGUUAGAGAAGAUGCUACACAGGCUGAAGCUUUGGACCAGGCCGAGAUCUCCAAGGCUUUGCAGGCAGACAAGACCAACCAAAAGGACGAUGAGCCUGAGCAGGAGGAAGAUGUUGAUGUAGAAAACAUUGAGCUUGACGAGUUCGAAGCUACUAACAAAACCACUGGAGACGUCUUGGAACAACCUUCCAAGUUCCUGUCGCCAGUUUCCGGUUUGUUCUCCAAGUUUAUAUUCUUCGUCGGAAGAGAAGUACCCUUAGACGUGUUGGAAUUCUGUAUUUUAUCAUGUGGUGGCCGUAUAGUGUCUGAGCUCGCAUUAGACGAAUUGAAGUAUAACGACAAAAAAGCGUUUGAAAAGUUGGACUUGGCCAACAUCACCCAUCAGAUCAUCGACAGACCCAAGAUCUUAUCGAAGGUGAGUGGAAGAACCUACGUGCAACCUCAAUGGAUCUUUGACUGUAUAAAUAAGAGUGAGUUAUUACCUGUGAAUAAGUACGCUCCAGGUGAAAUCUUACCUCCACACUUAUCACCUUGGGGAGACUCGGGUAUCUACAACCCUGAAGUUGCUGCGGCAAAUGAAGGUGAGGAUGCGGUUGAAGAAGAAGAGGAGAUUGAAGUGGAAGAAGGUGAUGAAGAUGAAGAUGAAGAAGAUGAAGAAGAGGAUGAACAAUUACAAGCUCAAAAGGAAUUGGAACAAGAGGCUGCUGGUAUCUACAAGAACACCGCUGCCAAUGACAAGAAGGUUAAGAGAGUCCGUUCGGAAGAAGAUGAAGAAAAGGAAUUGAAGAAGAUUAUGAUGACCAACAAGCAACGUAAAUUGUACAAGAAGAUGCAAUAUGGAAUUGAGAAGAAGGAGGCUAGACAAGAGUUGUUGAAACAGAAGAAGAAGACCUUGCAAAAGACCAAGAAACAGUUGGACAAGUUGUAAGUAGAAACAUAGCUGCCCGUAAUGCAUUCAUAAGAGA